AUGAAGUUCCAUACUCUCCUCGCCUUGUCCUCGACGUAUCUGGCCUCGCAUGCCGCCAGCUCUGCACUGCCAAUAACAGAACAAGCAUCGUGCUCAAGCCAGAGCAGCGGCAGCAGCAAUGCUCGUGUCAUUCACCAAUUUCCAAACGGAACCUGGCUGGAGAACAUUGCCGAGCGCCGCAACGGCAACCUGCUCGUUACCUUGCUCGACCGCCCGGAACUGUAUCAGGUUGAUCCUCACAACCCGGCCAACGCCACGCUGGUGCACAACUUUGCAGGCUACACCAGCCUUUUUGGAAUCACCGAGACGUCCCCUGAUGUAUUUGCCAUCAUUGCUGGAAACUUUACCCCCGGCGCCGGAACCCAGGAAGGCACCUACGCCAUCUGGAGCACCGACUUUGCCGGCUGUAAAGGCGCCGAGGUGUCCAAGAUUGUGGAUAUCCCUGAGGCCAAGCUUCUCAAUGGCAUGACCACUCUCGACGCGAACACCGGCGAGGUUCUCGUGAGCGACAGCGGCCGCGGCCUUGUGCUCCGCGUGGACACAAAGUCCGGCGAGUACACCACGGUCCUGGAAAAUGACGUCUUCCAGCCUGCGCCAACCGCCCCUAUUCAGCUCGGCAUCAACGGCAUCAGGCUCCUAGGGGACCACUUGUACUACACCAAUACGUAUGCCUCCGUGUACGGACGGGUGGCCAUCAACCCCGCGACGGGCGAGGCGGCCGGGCCAUUUGAGACGAUCAGCACGGAUGUCAUGGGCGACGAUUUCGCCCUCGACAACCAGGGCAAUGCGUAUAUCGCUGCGAACCCUGAGAAUGAAGCCGUGAGGGUUGACCGGGACGGCGACGCCGAGGUUCUUGCUGGCAAUCUCAACUCGACUCUUGUCCCGGGUCCCACUGCCGCCUGGCUUGGAAAAGCCCAGGACCGCGAUGGCAAGCGAGUCCUGUAUGUGGUGACCUCGGGUGGCCAGGCUGGGCCUAUCAAUGGGACAUACACGGAGGGCGGUAAGAUUCUGGCUCUGGACGUGUAG